AUGUAUCCUCCUGUGCCCAAUACCCAGUCUCCCCCUCUAUCAACACUGAGGGCCAUGUGUGUUACAGUCCUUGGAGGUUGGCACAUCUCCCAGAGUAGCCAAGUUUCUGAAGCUGGUGAGGAUAAAAAGACCCUAGAUAUAUGGAGAGGAAAGAAACAGUGUUUGGGCUGUACAGGUCUUCUGCAGACAAUCAAUCCUAGAAAUUCAACUCUCCACAUAGUUUCCAAAUGGGGCCAGAGGAUAGGGAAAUGUAUGAGAGUUUGUAAGUGGGGAGGAUACCAUCUGCCUUCACAGGAGUGUAAGGACUAA